AUGUCUACGUCAUCAUCAGUUCAAGCGCCAGGCGGGUUGAGAAGCGCGGUUAAGAGAAAGUCCACCGCCGAGAAGAAGGCUCAAACGAGUAGUGCUACACCAUUGAGCACAAGGUCUGCCGGUGCCGGUGGAAGCUCAUCGACAAUGAUGAAAUUGUUUACAGAUGAAGCUCAAGGGUUGAGAGUCGAUCCUUUGGUUGUGUUGUUUUUAGCUGUUGGUUUUAUUUUUUCAGUAAUAAUCUUACAUGUAUUUGCAAAGAUUACUGGUAAGCUUGGUUUGUAG